CUAAUAUAUUUGAUCUCUUAAUUACAUUGGAAGUUUAUUUUCAACUACGAAGUUUUAUUAAAACCCCAGCGUGCUCGUUCUCUGUCAUCCACUUCGUCCUUCCCCAUUGGUCCACCUACUUCCCCUUCGUCUGUGCGUGCGCGCCCCCGUGUGUCACCUUGCUCCAUCGCUAGAGGUAAAGCGUCGACCAGAAUCAGGGCCUUUACCGAGGGACUGUCGUCCGGUUUGAAAAGAGCCAAAGAGAAAAUGGCGGAAGCUUCCAAACCGAAGACCUCUCCCAAGGCCAUUAAGUUCCUCUUUGGGGGACUGGCAGGGAUGGGAGCGACAGUGUUCGUCCAGCCUCUAGAUCUAGUGAAGAACAGGAUGCAGCUGAGUGGUCAGGGAGGAAAGGCCCGCGAAUACAAGACCAGCUUCCAUGCUCUGGCAUCUAUACUGAAGAAUGAAGGACUAGGAGGCAUCUACACUGGUCUGUCAGCAGGUCUACUCCGCCAGGCUACCUACACCACAACGAGGUUAGGUAUCUACACAGUGUUGUUUGAGAAGAUGACGGGACAGGACGGGACCCCGCCCAACUUCCUCAUGAAGGCUCUGAUUGGUAUGACGGCUGGAGCAACCGGAGCCUUCGUAGGAACACCUGCUGAAGUCGCCUUGAUCAGGAUGACUGCUGACGGACGUCUCCCUGCAGACCAGAAGAGAGGGUAUUCUAAUGUGUUCAAUGCUCUGGCCAGAAUCACUAAAGAAGAGGGGGUCACCACACUAUGGAGGGGGUGUAUUCCCACCAUGGCCCGCGCUGUAGUGGUCAACGCUGCCCAGCUGGCCUCCUACUCUCAGAGCAAACAGGCUCUUAUAGAGACAGGGUAUUUUGUGGACGGUAUCUUCCUCCAUUUCUGUGCCAGUAUGAUCAGUGGCCUGGUAACCACGGCAGCGUCCAUGCCCGUCGACAUCGUCAAGACCAGGAUUCAGAACAUGAGAAUGAUAGAUGGAAAACCAGAGUUUAAGAAUGGCCUGGACGUGUUGGCGAGGGUGAUCCGUAAUGAAGGGUUCUUCUCACUGUGGAAGGGUUUCACUCCAUACUACGCCAGACUGGGACCUCACACCGUCCUCACAUUCAUCUUCCUGGAACAGAUGAACAAGGCUUAUAAAGUCUACUUCCUGGAUUAGAGACAGGAGAUGUAAGGAUUGGGAGGAAGGGAAGCUGAUCUUAGUUCUGCACCUACGGGAAACUUCACCCCGGAGCAACACACACACACACACACUGAAGCAGGUGCACACUAUACACACGGACAGACACUCCCUCGUGUGUCAUGUGAGUGACCUUUAACCCCUGUCAUGUGACCUGACCCCAUUGUGUAUGUUCUGUUAUUUUUACUGAAGGACUCAGAACCUCAGAAUGUACCAUCUCAGCCCCCCCCCCCCUGCACAGGGCAUAUUGACACUUAGUACAGUCGUCCCCUCCCCCCACUAUGGAACAGAUGGCUGGCUGGAAAACCUUGAUGAUGACAAACAGAUUAAAAACUGAUUUCUUUCU